AUGCUGGUUGGAGCUCCUAACACGAGUCGAGCACCGACGCAGAAGGAGUUUAUCAUACGGAAAGCCAGUCUCAGUAAUGGUCCUAAAGACUUGCAGGACUCGCUGAUUUCUUUCAUCUAUACAUUCGACUUGCUUACACAAGAGGCAAUCAGUGGAUCCAGCUCUACUAAACGGCGCGGAGGCGGUCGCAGUCACGCCCUGCUGGACAGCAGCGUCUUCGAGAAGGCUGGAGUGGGUGUCCAUCAUCUACGGCAAGCUGCCGCCAUUGGCAGCCCGCCAGUAGCUGUGAAGCAGAUGUCGACUCGAGGCAAAGACCACAAGGAAGGCCUGCGGAGUGAGCCUUGUGUGGUGGUGGGACCCUCGGGUAGUGGCAAGUCUGGUCCGGCAAGUCCUGCAGCAACCUCUGAUCCGGUGCAGCCAACUGGUUAA